AUGGCUACCCAGUGCGUCUACCACAUUUUACAAACAGGCAAUGAUUCAACCAACUCCCACAUCAGAACCUAUACUCUCCCCAAUAAACCUCUCUCCAUCUGGAAAUCACGCUCUCUGGAUGAUAGCGUCUUCGCGAUGACAAUCUCCAAGAUUGAGGUGAGAGGCGAAAUAACACCCGACGGGACUCUGUUCCACUUUCACCUUGCCCUGGUGGGAGAGGACGGCGCCUUUAUCCGCUUGGACAACGCACCGUCUUAUACUGAUAUGAGCUGCCCGAUGCGUGGACUCCUUCGCAUCGAGUACAACGGCCUGCCGUGGGCUCCGACCCCGGAACCCGAAGUCCUUGUCGCUCCUGUUAGGGAAGGUACUGACGCUGCGACGUUGUGCCGUUAUUUGUUGGACCAGCACAAGGUGGACCAAUAUAUCUUUACUGACAGUGGUCACGGCUGCCGCCACUGGUGUGCUACUGCGUUGAGCAGGCUCGCAGACGCCGGUUUCGUCGACCAGGAGAUAAGCGAUCUUUUUGUCGCUUACGAGGAAAGGGAAGUCCGGAAACUUGGAGACAAAUUCCCUAUGCCCCGCAUGACGGGAACUUUCUACGAUUAA